CUUUUACUGCGUUGUAAUGUUUCACAAGGACUUCAGAAGCUCGGGACCGCCUGACAACAUCAUCUCAUGGAUGCACCCAAAGCCUGAGUGCUUGCUGCGAGAUUUUUCUACACACUUUUCUUCCUCCUCUCAAGACAAUUAAUGCAUGAUUUUUUUUCUCCCCACACAUUGUUUUGGUUCCAUGGGUAAACAUCUUGUUUUAUAGCAUUUCCGAGUAUUUUCUGUAAACAAAGAUUCCUGGUCUUUGAAGAUGAAGCUCCGCACGGUGCUUGACGUUAAUGUUGUGGACGUGCAGAAGAGAAGAAAUCCCUCCAAACAUUAUGUGUACCUCAUCAACGUCACUUACUCAGACUCCACUUCCCACGUCAUCUACAGGAGGUACAGCAAAUUCUUCGACCUACAGAUGCGAAUCCUCGACAAAUUUCCGAUUGAGGGAGGACAGAAGGACCCCAAAAAGAGAAUUAUUCCUUUUUUGCCAGGUAAAGUCUUGUUUCGCCGAAGUCACAUAAGAGAUGUAGCUGUCAGAAGGCUGAAGCACCUGGAUAAUUAUUGCAAAGCUCUGAUGAAGCUUCCCUCACAUAUUACCCAAAGUGAUGAAGUCCUGCAGUUCUUUGAGACCAAGUUAGAGGACCUCAACCCUCCCGCCGAGGACUGCGGCGGCUCCGGCAGACGUAAAUCAGGUUUGGAUGCUUCGGAUCCCAUGCUCCUGGAACAGUAUGUGGUGGUGGCCAGCUACGAGAAACAAGAGCCUGCAGAAAUCAGCCUUCAAGCGGGCGAGGUGGUCGACGUCAUUGAAAAGAGCGAGAGUGGUUGGUGGUUUGUCAGCACAGCGGAGGAGCAGGGUUGGGUCCCUGCCACCUAUCUCAACACACACAGUGGUACACGGGACGACCUGGAGCUGGGCGCCUCUAAAGCUGGGGAAGUUACUAAGCGACAUAAGGCUCAUCUGAAGAGGCUGGACCGGAGAUGGACGUUGGGGGGUGUGAUCAGCAGGCAGCAGAGCCGAGAGGAGAAGUAUGUAACACUGCAGCCAUACAUCAGCCAGGGCAAGGAUGAAAUUGCUUUUGAGAAAGGAGUCAUUGUGGAGGUCAUUCAGAAGAAUUUAGAAGGCUGGUGGUUUAUCAGGUACCAGGAUAAAGAAGGCUGGGCUCCAGCCUCUUACCUGAAGAAGCUAAAGGAGGAUUUCUCUCCUUGUAAGAAAAACGUGACAGGCCCAGUGGAGAUCAUUGGAAACAUUAUGGAGAUCAGUAACCUCCUUAACAAGAAAGCCUUGAGUGAGAAAGACGUGCAGAGUGAAGGUGUCCCAGAGAGCCCCCAGGUGGCCAAGAAGGAGAUCAGCUCUCCAAUCCCUUGUUCUGAAUCCAGCCCUGUUAAUAAUACCCCACAGGAAGGAAAAAAUAAAGCAGAACCUGCCUCACCAGCAAUAGCCCGCAUUGCACCUCAUCGGGUGGAAAUUGGUUCCCCAGUUCUCAGGCAAAAACCUCCUCCUCGAAGAGAUGCAACCCUGGGAUUCCAGUUGCCGUCCCCACCAGAGCCCCCUACAGUUGAAGCAGAGUAUUACACGAUUGCUGAAUUCCAGUCCUGUAUAUCUGAUGGUAUUACUUUCAAUGGAGGACAGAAAGCCGAGGUCAUUGAGAAGAACUCUGGUGGUUGGUGGUAUGUCCAGAUAGGAGAGAAGGAGGGUUGGGCUCCCUGCUCCUACAUUGACAAACGUAAAAAGCCCAACCUGAAUCGAAGAACAAGCACUCUAUGCCGCCCGAAAGUUCCCCCCCCUGCUCCUCCCGUCAAAAAACAAGACUCAGUGGAGAUUGCACCUCCCAGUAGCCCUGGAUCUGAAGCUCCAGAGUCCCCUGUGUCUCCAGGGAGGCCGGUGUAUGAAGAGCCAGAAUAUGAUGUUCCUGCUAUUGGCGAUCUGGACCUGGAGUCUGAGUUUGAGUUUUUGAGGGGAGAAAGUUACUUGGUAGAUGCAAAAAAUGCGGACACUUCCUCUGAGAAGGGAUCCCACCUUUCUUCCAAGCAUUCUCCAGCUUCGUCUCUCCAUAGUGCCUCCUUCAAGAUGGGUGAGUCAUUUGAAAAUGGCCAUGAAACAGAUGGGUUGAUGGAGGGAGAGGAAGAAUGUAUCUAUGAGAACGAUGGCUUCAGGCCCUUCAGAGAGACCCCAGAGAGGCAAUGCAGCAGGGACUCAAAUUCCUCCAAGACAAGUGUCUUGUCUGAAUCCAGCAAGACUGCAAGCCCAACAUCAAGUGGAUGGAAACCUGCAGGUAACAAGUUCAAAAUUGAUUUUAUUGGGUCCUUAUUUCCAAUCAAAGCUGAGGAGGCACCCACGCCUAAAUCUGCGUCCACCGAGUCCACCCCAGAUCUGUCCAGAACAAAGAAAGACCAAGAGGAAAGCAAGGCAUCCUCUUCCACCAAAUCUUUGUCUAAACCAAAGCCAGUGGUGAGGCCUAAACCACAACUAGCCAAGGCAUCCAGUGCAGAGAAGAUGGACAUCAGCACAUUGAGAAGACAGCUGAGGCCAACAGGGCAACUGAAAAAUGGAACCAAAACUAAAGGUGAGGACUCUGAGACAGCAUCAGUCAUCUCCUCAGAAGACUCCUUCUCCUCUCAGAGUACAUCUGAUCUCUCCUCCAUCUAUUCAAAAGGCAGCCGAGGAGAUUCAGACCUGGAAGGCUCCAGCCUUUAUCGCACCACAGAUCCAUAUGAAAAAGUCCAAGAGUCUGAGAUCAGCUUCCCUGCUGGAGUUGAGGUGGAGGUGGUGGAGAAGCAGGAGAGUGGCUGGUGGUUCAUCCGCUGGGGAGGUGCAGAGGGAUGGGCGCCAACUUAUUACCUGGAGCCCAUCAGGCAACAGGAUGACAUCGCAGGGACAGAAUCUGAUGGCACACCAACUAAACCUGAAAGUCUUAGCAAGUCCAACAGCCUUGAGAAGAAUGAACAAAGGGUGCAGGUUUUGAACAACAUCAACCAAAACUUCAAGAAAGUCACCCCACCCAUCCCAUCCAAGCCUCCUGGUGGUCUCUCCAAACCUACCGGCUUGUUUGGUUCACGGAAGCAUAAUAGCACCAAACAGCAGCAGGUUGUCAGACCUCAAUCUGUCUUCAUAUCAGCCCCAAUCAGGGAUGGUCCAAGCCCUGUUGGCUCUCUCAGGAGAAACGAGUCCCUUAACUCCACAGACCAUCCUCGUGCCAGCCCCACUGUGAGACGCAAUGCCUCAUUUGGCACCGUACCACGCAGCCAGGCACCAAACAACAUAGCACUACCUAAAAGGAACAGAUUUGGUACUGGUAGCUCUGAAUCUCUGGGCCUCAGCUCCCAGAAGAAUACAAUCCCUGUAUCCACGGUGAAACCAAAGCCUCACAUCAUCCACAAUGACCUCAGAGAGGUGUAUAUUUCCAUUGCAGAUUAUCAUGGCGAUGAAGAGACCAUGGGAUUUCCAGAGGGAACGAGUCUGGAGGUCCUGGACAGAAACCCCAAUGGAUGGUGGUACUGUAAGAUUCUGGACAGUGGCAGACCAAGAAAAGGAUGGGUUCCUUCAAAUUACCUUGAGAGGAAGCCCUAGCGCUCAUGUGUAGAGUUGGCAGAACUCUGGCCAUAAAUGUAAAGACUACUCAAAUAGAAACAUUUAUUUUGCAAAAAAAAAGAAAAAGGCUCAUCCAAAGACAUUAAGUAAGGAUUGUAAUCUUACCCGGUACCUUUGCCAAAAUGAGCAGCCAGAUCACAUUGUGACUUUAAAAUGAAAUGAGACAUCUGGUGAAAUGAGUCUAUAUAAUACACUGCCUGAGAAGUUGCAUUAGGGGCAAUAUAUUGGGACUUAGUGAAACAGCCAAAGAGAACACCAAAGGGCAGAAGAAUGAUUUAAUGAUUUUCUACGGUGGAUACCUUUAACUUGAACUAAGAUGUCAUAUUGCGUCUAUCCCUUGAACCUUUCUCUGUAAGUAGAUAAUGUAUUUUUUGUAACUUUUUAAGAAUUAAAAGCUUACUGCAUGUUUGAAAUGAUUCAUUAUACUGACUAUGCCUUGAGCUGUUGAAAUUAAAACUUUUCUCCUCACUUUUGUAAAGAAAAUUGCCAAAGCUGCUUUGUGCUAGUCUCAUCUUGGUGCUGUCUGUUUGCAUGUUUUUUUUAAUUCUUCAUACUGUAUGUCACCAUUAUGUGAAAUAUUUUAUCAUUUUAAUUGUGUAAUAAUGUCCUUAUGAAACAAUUUGUGAGCAUCCCUGAUUAUGAUUAUGUAAGAACAAUACUUUGUGAUCUCCUUUGAAACGUAAUGCCUUAAAAGUUCUUGAUUUCAUUUCAGUUCCUAAUGGUCCAUAUUGAAAUGUCCUUGAGACUAGUGAAAUCUAUAUUUAUUCAGUACUUCAAAACAUUUUACUUAUUUUUAUUAUUAUUGUAAGACAUAUACAGAUUUUUUUUAAAUCACAAACGCUUAAACAUUUCUAAGAACUGCUCUAUUGAUUAAGAUACAAUUUUGAAUUUCUGCUGGGCAGUAAAUUUGACACAACUUUUCAUCAACAGUAUUACUGGGAUGCUCACUUGUGUUUUUUUGUUAACUGUGUGAUCAGUGAUAAUAAUUCAAGUGCCAAAAGAAUGACUUAAAUAAAUGCACUUUUGAACAA